AAGCUUUUGAAAUCAAAAUGGAUAUCCGAAUAUUGUUAAGUUUUCUGUUACUUUCUUUUGCAUUUUCUCCGACGUUGUGUUUGGAAAAUCUGGGAAAUAUGAAUAUAAUGCAAGCUUUAACUUCAUCAAACGUCGGUGCCAAUAAGUAUGCUCAAUGGAUUGAAGAGUCUGGUGUGGCGCCAUUGCUAAGGGGAACGGUGUCCUUGACAAUCUUUGUAUUUAAUGACACUGCAUUCAACACAGCACCUGCUGCAGAUCGUCAGGUGUUGAACCAGAUAUCAGGGACAUCAGAAAAGAGACAUUAUGUGGAAACAUUCCUGUUAAAUGCAGAGAGGAAUGCUGACUCCUUUACUCCGUCCCAGGAUGGAAUGGCUACGGUGCAAAGCUUUAAUGGAAGAAGUCUGUUUAUACACAGGAAAACAAUUACAUUUACGGGUUUGGGCGGAACAUUUGGAACGCAGGGAUAUUUUGUGAAUGGUGCCAUGAUCGAAACAUCGUUUCGCUGUUCCAAUGGCUACGUGCAUCGUCUCGUACAACCCCCACUGCCCGUCAGCCAAAAGAAAGUGUAUGAUUGGAUUCAGAAUCCAGAUAUUCCCAAUGUGCAGACAACCAAGUUUCAAGAAAUGUUGAGAAAAUUAAUCACUGAUGCGGAAUUUUACACGGAGGUUAUUACUCCCAUUGCAUCAGGGAGAACCAUAACAAUGUUCUUACCAACCGAGAAAGCCCUAAUGGACGUCCCUCAGACAAAAUUAGAUUCUCUGUCUGGGCGAUUAUUAGCGGAUUAUAUCAAGAUGCAUUAUAUUGAGCAAGUGAUUUUUACCUCGUAUCUGGAUCAUCAGCAGAGCUUUACCACUGCACUUAAUGCCCAGACUCAAGCCAUACUGAUGAAGAACAAUGAUAGAGUUCUGGUACGCAGUGGAGGGGUGACAGCCCAGAUCGUGCAGGGAAACAUCACUGUGGACAACGGCGUUAUUCACCUUGUGGAUCGGAUGCUGGGAUUUGUGUACUAUACCGUACGGGAGCAGAUCAAUGCACUGUGCCAGGACGGUCUUACAUGCAAAUUCAAAAACCUGAUUGACCAGGCCUCUCCAGACAUUUCAUCCCUGAUCAGUAACAUCGGUGCUAACAUCUUUGUACCCACGGAUUCAGCCUUCGACAGAAUAAUGGCCUACAGAGGGAUUGAGAUCUCUCUCAACAGAACACUGGCAGAUUAUGUUUUACGACUGUGUAUUUUACGAGACACGGAAAUUGAGGUAUCAAGAAUGAACAACAACUACGACGUCCGUUGGAGACGCCAGACCCAGUACAGUAGUGUCAACAUUGUGGUCUACAACGACAGAAAUGACACAUGGAUGAAUGGUGGCAAUGUUCGAGGCAGAAUUAUACGCCCAGAUAUUGACUGCACCAACAAGGGGAGACUACAGCUGAUAAACGCUGUGCCAGGAAUACCGUGGGCCGAUAUACCCACAGCUAUCGAAUAUGAUGAAUAUCUCCUGUACACCUGGAACGACAUUAAAAUGACAGGGCUGAACACUUACCUCAAGGAUCCAACAUUUAACCCAACUGGAAUCCCGCUCCCACAGAAAACAUUCUAUGAUUACACCAAUGGACAAAACGUUUUUACUACAACGUUUAAUCCGUAUGGACAAAACUCCAAUGGGCAGUCACAAUAUCCAGGGCAGAACAGUCAAUAUCCGAACAGUCAAAAUCCAGCAAAUACACAAUACCCAAACAACAACCAACAAUACCCAAACAACAACCAACAAUAUCCGAACAACCAACAGUAUCCCGGCAACCAGGGUUCCUAUGGAGAAAAUCAGUUUGGGAGCAGUAAUUAUGCUGGUAGCAAUAACAACAACUAUGGGAACCAAUACCCUAGCACUGGGAGCAAUAAUUAUCAAGGAGGUCAGGGAUCUUACAGGGUGUGUGGAGAUAUCUACAAUGUGUGCCGCUUCACGUUUUUCGUGCCAAACGGUACGGCUACUUACAACUAUGGUUUGAUGGGAUUCGGGCGGUCUAUUAGAAAUCAGGUGGACCGAUAUCGUUGGGUGCUGAGAAGACUGGUGAUUCCAAAUGAAGUUAUCUCCCUGGAGAACUUUAUAGUGGGCCAGUCUGUUCGAUACACAGCAGAUAACGGGGAGGAUUUGAUGAUAAAACGAGAAACAGAAAACUUGGUGCGUGUGCUAUGGGGAAGUAUGUCCGCACGAGUCAUAAUGUGGGACAUCGGAGCGUCUAACGGCAUCGUGCACAUCAUUGACAACAUUCUCUCCGAUACCUCCGAUCUAAGCAGGGACAUCAGUGCUGGAAACUUUCUUUCUGUUAAUGUAUUUCUACUUGGUGCCAUUUCUUUUCUUUGGGUUUUUAGAAAAUACUUAAUCCAUCUCUGAUUUUAAAUCCUGUUGUUUGUUUAUCCUUUUUUCCAGGGCAUAUGAUUGUCAUAUAACAUUUUUGUCAAUUUUUAGAAGUCAUGGACUUUGUGAUGAAUUCGUUCUUUACAUUUUGACAAAAAUAUUGGACAUUUUUAAGUAAACAUUAGUAGGAUUUGUAGGUUGUGUAGGUAGUAAUGUAGACUAUGAGAAUAUUAACCAUUCCAUUUUUAUAUUUUGUUGAUUUUUUAAAAAGAUUAUUUUGUGUACAUUUCAUGUCAUCUAUUGAGGCCAUAUUGGAAAAGCUUCAUUUUUUCGCUAUAUUUUUACCAUUCAGGUAUAUAUAUGAUUUUUAAAAUCAUGAUGAAAAUUAAUAAUAUAUAUAUACUAUAGUGUGUAUCUUUUACAAUGUAAAAUAGUAUUAGUUUCCAUAUUUCAUUUCAGCCUUUAAUUUAAAAACACACAGUAGCUUUAUACAAAAAUUUAUUUUCGUUUCAUGUUUGGUUUUUAUUUGUUACUUUUAUUUUGUUUUUUAAAUGACACAAUUAUAUUAAGCUUCCCUGUUUUUGGAUGUGUGUUCCAAGUUUCAAUGACGUGAACAGUUAAUAACGAUACAGAGUUCUUUAAGCUGGUCAGAGCAUACACUGUGAUCCCCUCAAACCUUAUUGAGUUGAGUCUGACACGUUAUGCCAUGGUUUCUUAUGUUAACUCACUCCAAAACCUAUUUAAAUAAAUAUCCACAUGAAACUUAUCAUAAAUGUUCACAUUUACAUGCACACCAGUUCCCAUAACUCUGACUUUGAAGUCAAUUUUGAGUAUAAGAAAAAAUAAUCAUGGUAAUUCAUAAAGGUUGUUCUUGUAUUUCAUAGAAUUGUUUCUUUUAUAAUUCACAUGUUCAUUGUUUAUGUGAAGCUUUUGCGACUUACAAUGCUGCAGCAUGUGUAUUAUGAUUUGUUGAUUUUGAGGUCUUCUGUUUUUUGAAGACAAACAAGUCAGGGCGUUGUGAUGGCCUUAGUGUCUUGGUGUCAUUAUUGUAGUACAUAAACAACCACAGUCAUAACUCAAGAUCUGUUUAAAAUAUUCAGAGGAAACUGUAUACACAUGUUGCCACAGACAAUACACAUAUAGAGCAAAGUCCUUAUCUCCGGCUUUUAUAAAUGUUGACUAACAUCCCUUAUUCAAUAGAAAAAACAACAGACUAGCAGUGGAGUUCCCUCUGUGUGGCUCCUGUCAUAUCCACAUUACAAUGAAAUGUGAUAAGUUCAUGACGUUACAGCUUUUCUAAUCCACUAUCUAUAUAUAUGUUAGAUGUAUUUUCUCCUUUUUGGCAAUAACUAUCACAGGUAUUUAGUACUUGUCUCCUUAUUUGUUUAUUGAUGUUAUAAAUAUAGUAUUAUCUAUUUUACAGACAUUAUUUUGAUGCAUAUUUGUGUAUAUGUAGGUUUUCAUCAUUUUGUUUAGGCCAUGCAAAGUGAUAACGAUUAAGUGUCAGGUUCUAAUUUCAUCACCUACAUGUACUUACAAGGCAGGAAAAAAUCAUUUCUCCACAGAUAUCAUUAUGGUAACUGUUAAACAAGUGUGGCAACAUCUCCAAGGGAACCAGCGUUGACAGCUGUACCAGUCGGAGCCAGCGUUGACAGCUGUACCAGUCCAAGAUGGUGAACAAUAAUAAGGCACAUAAUUAUAUCAAAAUAUAUUUUUCCCCAUCUCGGACUGAUACUAUCACCUUGUUGUUUAAUGAGAUUGUAUUAUUUUUUUGUGACCGGCUUCAUUCAGAUUGUUCAAGAAAUCAGCCCCUGAAAGUCUGGACAUUUUAGCCAUCUAUGGAUGACAUUAUAUAUCUCAGAUAGUUUAGGAAUGGAGGAUAAGCUUCUUGGAUUUUUAAACAUUUUGAUAUUAUUUUUAUUAUGUUAGCAAUUUUAAGUGCUUCACAAAGCCAUUAUAGUCAAGAUUUUUUAGCUUUUGUCCGCUUUUCAAAGAAAAAAGGCUCCGAUUUGUCAUUGUUUUUGUGUAGCUGUUGUCAACAUAGUUACUGAAGGGGGGAAUCAUUGUUUGCCAUAAAUAAUAAAAAAAAAUAAUAUCUUCAUAAUGAUGCACAUUGGUGCAAGUCCUGUAACUCUGAAAUGAUAUAAUUUGAUGGGUUAUGAUCCCUGAUUGCUGAAGAAAGAUAGACGAGUGUCAGUUUCCAUUCAAGGUACACUUGUUUAAUGGGAUCUUCAUAUUGUUGUGUAUUCUUCAAAAAAAUUGUAAAAUUUAAAUCUGUACAUUCCAUUUUUAAUGUUUUUUACACUUUUUUUAUAUGAUUUUUUUUAAUCAAGGUACCUUUUGUGAAUUUAUAAUCUUGUACAUAUCAUUUUAUACACUCAUAUCAAUAGACUUCUUUUACAUGUUUUGUAUAUAAUAAAUAUGGGGUCUAUUUACAUUCUUGUCCUUAAUUCAGAAAUUAUAAUAGAUUAAAUAAAUGAAAAUAUAAAUUGA